AUAGUAUUGUAUGACUGAGAAACGGCCUUCAUUAGUUGCAGUUGUUUCCUUGUAUUUGUAUACCUCUGCUUGCCAAAAGUCAUAUCGAGAGCACGCAAGUUUACUUUCGCAAACCAAUUCAAUUUCGAGAAAUUGCUUAUCCUCUAUCAAUUCCAAAAAAACAAUGGCAUCUCCUACAGUGGCUGUAGUUGGCCUUGGCGCUCUGGGUCUUGUGGCUCUGAAGAAUCUUCGGGAAGAAGGCUUCGAGGCCGUCGGAUUGGAAAGAAAUGACUACGUUGGGGGUUUGUGGCAUUUUGACGAAGGAGAGAAGCUCACUGUUAUGAGAUCUACUCUCUCAAAUGGAUCUAAGCAACGAGGCUGCUUUACCGACUUUCCCUUCCCCAAAGGCUCUCCGGACUACAUCCCCGCCGCUGGCAUUGACAAGUAUCUGCAGGACUAUGCCAAGCAUUUCGGUCUCAUGGAGCACACUCGAUUACGUACCAGCUUCCACGGUGCCACAUUUGUCGAGAAGACUCAGCAGUGGCGUUUGUCUUUAUCUAGUCCCGAAGAGCCAGAGCCUCAUUUCGAAUACUUUGACAAGGUUGUCUUCGCUAUGGGUGCGGAUCAGAAACCAUCGAGGCCUAAGAUCGAGGGCAUGGAAAAGUUCAAGGGCUUUGUUGAGCACUCAAUGACGUUCAAAAAUCCCGAAGUCCUUGCUGGCAAAAGAGUCAUGGUCCUUGGAUUUGGUAACACUGCAGCCGACAUGGCAACGGAGUUGGCGCCGCUUGCCAGUCAAGUGUAUCUCUCGCAUCGACAUGGUGCUGUCAUUGUGCCCCGUUGGGUGAAAGGCAAGCCAGUCGACCACGUGCGAACGUAUCGCAAGUACGUCAUCUUGAACUUGAUGAAUCGAUACACCCCCGGACUUUGGGAGAAGACGAUGAACAGCGUCAUCUCAAAGCUAGAACAUGAGAUCUUCGAUCUCAAGCCGGAAUGGGGUUUCGAUCCGGCCCCUUCUAUUACUAACCAGCGGCCAUUGGUGAAUGAUGAGCUGAUCCCCUGUCUUGAAAACGGGUCCAUCAUCAGCACCCCAGGCAUCGCCCGAGUCAUCGACGAGAAGACAGUCGAGACGACUGACGGAAAACGGUACGAGGUCGAUGCAAUUCUCCUGUGCACCGGCUUUACGGUGGACUACUCAGUUGUCGGCCCCCACGCAGAUCCAUGCCGUGCAACGACAACAGAUUGGGAAAAGUCGGACGGAUACACCGGACGUCCACUCCCAAGAUUGUACCAGAACAUCUUCAGUCUGGACCACCCGCGCAGUCUGGCUUUCAUCGGCCACUUGUCCUUCAUGAACCCUGCAUUUUUCAUGUUUGACCUGGCUACAAUGGCUGUAGCACAGCUAUGGAAGGGUGCGUCGGCUUUCCCGUCUCCGGCUGAGAUGGAGAAGCAAGUCAACGAUCAACAUGCAUGGGUCCUCCAGCUUUCAAAGAAGGGUCCUGUCACCCCCUCCAUCGUCAAGGCAUCUGAGUGGAUGGAAUGGGUUGACAAGGUGAUCGGCACAGGACUACCCGAACAUCUCGGCUAUAACCUCAACGGAUGGAGCUUCUGGAUUCGGGAUCGCCAGUUCUGCAACAUGUUGAUGGAUGGGUUGCUCAGUCCCCAUGCAUAUCGCUUGUUCCCUGGAAAAAGAAAGGCCUGGCCGGGCGCGCGUGAGGCCAUUAUGGCCAUGAACGUCGAUCGUGAAGCUAGGUUUGGGCCAAUGGACUGAACACGAUUGGGAUUAAUCUCUCUUGGUCAUGUUGUCAUCCAUUUACUCUCAAGACGUUUAGAGAGUCUCUUAGUUAUUAGAUGUAAAACAUGUCGGUAAAAAUCGUUUUGGACAAAUAAGUAAGGGCUUCAUUUCGAAGUCGUGAUUUAAGAUACAUUGGAUGUGUGCGUCGAGGUCUCUGUGGCAUACCACAACUUUUCAACCCUUGUUUCCGUUGGUGUAGCAUUAAUAGGCAGCUAUCAUAAGCAUCAAUGUAGGUCCCCGAAGUGCUGAAGAUUGUGUAUAAGCUGUCCAUGAAAUGGGGUAUGGAGAGAAGCGCACCCCAGGCAACUUGACAAAGAAGAGCGAAAUCUCAAGAUCUCGCCCAUGGAAACCUACUUGGCUUCCAGACAUCUUUGGGACAUUCUUCACUUAGUAAUACUGACAGGAAGA